AUGAGGGACCCAGAAAUGGAAGAGCUUAGUGGCACAAAGCGGAAAAAAACACCCCAUUCAACUUUAGAAAAGGUCAGUGAGCUCAUCCUGCCUGGCGUAGCUCACCAGUUCUUGUUCAACACAGCAUUUGAGUUCCCUGUUGCCAGGCUCUUACUGGGAGCAGCAUUUGGAGCCAUCAGUGGGGCUGCUCUGUUCCUUGGACUCGUGCACAACCUUUCAAUGACCACCUUCCACAAAGUCAUUGCUGGAUAUGUUUUUGUAGCAGUGUGUGUGCUGGGUGGCAUGCUUUCUUCGUAUUUUCGCUGCUCGGUCCUCCUGGUGUUUCCCAGCAUGCUUGGCUCUCGUGGGCGGUCUUACCUCAUGAUCUUUGUCCUGCAUUGUCUCUAUCAAGGUCCAAUCGCCAACAUCCAGCGUAAUGUCCAGGAUGUGGCCUUCUCCAUGGGCUGCAACAUAGACCUGCAGAUCAGUCACAGUAAGGUCAUGUGGAGGGUGUUGACAGAGCCUUUUAUUCAGGUGCUUCAAGAGAUAGUGGACGACAGCGUGAAGCUCCAGAGAGAGGCUCAGAAUGCGAGCAGGGCGUUUCAGAGAAUCAGGGACGAGGUGAUGGGCCAGUAUGGGUACGACUCCUUUGGCCAGAGUCCUGCAGCUACCGGCAGCAGUACCCAAGAGCAGUAUGCUGCAAAGACCAUGAUGCGAUGUGACUACAUUGUGAAAGAGGGUAUUGAACGCUGCCAGGACUGGUUUGGUGCCAAGUGGGAGGUCUGCAUGGACACCAUUAAAUCACCCGUCAUCAGUCACUUCCUCUGUGUUCCUAUGAAAUUUACAUUUCUGUGUAAUGUAAUGAGAGUAAUGAUUCCGACGUGUAAGGAGCAGAUUCCAGUGGAGGGAAAUUUUGGCCAGAUAUUUGACAAGCUUAAUUCUUCCAUCAGUAAACUUGGAGAACAGUUCACCUCCAGUGUCGUGCUUCAGAAACUAGAGCAGCAGUCCAUGUAUGGUGUCACAGUUCUUCAUGACGAAUUCCGUAAGGAGCUCAUGAAGUCAUUUCAGGAAAAGAGAGAUAUUGUUGAGCAGAUUGCAGGUUUUGUGCAGAUUCUUCUCUCCUGCACAUUCAUCACCCUUUUCACCUCGGCUAUUGGAUAUGCACGACAAUACACCCAAGAUAUUCGCUUUGACAAUGUCUACAUUACAACCUACUUCAGACAGAUUGAUGAACGGAGAAAGAGAGCGGGCAAGACAUAUCUGCUGCCCAUGAAGAAAGCAGAAAAGAGGAAUUUCAUCAACCCCUGGAGUUUGAUGAUCCAUCCCAAGGAAUUCCAAUUUGUGACAGGAGGCUUGGUCCAGGUUGUUUCACUGGCUCUCUUUGUAUGUGUUCUGCUGGCCAUGGAUGGUAUUCUUUACCACAUCUUCGACAUCAUCCGUAGACAUACCUUUGCAGAGUACUCACUUAUAAGUAGUCACGAUGUACAUAUUGAUAUUGGUGGAAAGUCCAUGUUAGCCAAUCUCCUGCGGAAAACUGUUGGUGCCUUCAACACCUCCUCUAGCCUGGACAUGCAGUCCAGUAACCAGCAGUGUCUCCCAGAGCCCCAAGCUCUGAGCCAGGCAGACUACCUAUGGAGUGUCAUCCCACUGCUGGUGAUGGGGCUCAUGUGCUGUCUGCAGGUCUACACCAACCGCCUGCGUAGGGUUAUCAGUGCCUUCUACUUCCCAAAGAGAGAGAAGAGGCGGAUUCUCUUCCUCUACAACCUGCAGAUCCGAAGACGCAUUUCAUAUGUUAGCAGGCAGUGCAAACGUUUGCGGAGUCGGCGACUACCACCAAAGCCGGCAUUGGGUGUGUUGCUGGCCUCUCUGGAGCGACUAGGCUGUGGACUGUGCUGGUGCUGGGUGUGUGAGGAGCGUGUGAAGCAGAGUCAGGCUGUCCACUGCACCGCUCCAGCCUGUGGGGCACUCUACUGUCCCCAGUGCUGGAGGGACUUGGGCAGCUGCUAUGCUUGCUCCUCAAACAAGCACAGUCAGCCUGAGCAGCCUGAGGACAGCUCCUCCGAUACACACGUUUACUAUGUCAGUUGA